AUGGACCUGUCAGCGGAUCGAAGUCGAACAACUCUAAAGCGUCACUCGUCGCUUUCAACACUUCUGGCUCAGUUCUUUGGCAUCUUAGCCGUUAUUCUAAUGCUCAUAUGGCUUCUCCAUUACCGCGAAGGCAUCGAGUAUGGCUCUGACAAUCCUCUUAAGGUUUUAAAUGUGCACAUAUUUCUCAUGUACUGUGGAUUUCUUUUCCUCGUGGGCCAAGCGAUGAUGAUUUACAAAACGGCGUAUGCGUCGCACCAAGUGCAGAAAAUGGUGCAUGGUGGGCUUCACUUAAUAGGCUUAGUUCUAGGUAUUGUCGGAAUCUGCGCCGUCUUUAGAUUCCACGACCAAGUAAACGCUAAAGACAUGGUCUCUCUUCACUCCUGGAUCGGUCUCACAACUUUCAUCCUCCUCGGCCUCCAGUGGCUAUUUGGUGCCUUCACAUUCUUGGCACCUCAAUCUUCGUCGGGGACAAGGACGAGGAUGAUGCCGUGGCAUGUCUUAGGUGGUCGGGCUCUACUUUAUAUGGGUAUUGUUGCAGCACUUACCGGACUCAUGGAGAGAGCCACGAUGAUUGGUCAGAGCACAAACGCUGAGUCACGUCUUAUCAACUUCACCGGCUUAGCCAUUCUACUCUUUGGCGUUUCCGUCGACUUCUCCGUCGCUCUUGGCCGUUAUACUUGA